AGCCGUGCCGGACCGGGGGCGCUGCGGGAGCGGCGAGCGGGCUCCGGGCUCGGCAUGGGCAGCGCGGCCGGGCCGCUGCGGGUGCUGCUGGACAUGGACGGGGUCCUGGCCGACUUCGAGGGCGCCGUGCUGCGGGAAUUCCGCGCCCGCUUCCCGGCGGAGCCGCGCGUGGAGCUGGAGGAGCGCCGGGGCUUCUCGGUGCGGGAGCAGUACCGCAACCUGCGGGAGGACCUGGCGCUGGACCUUUCCCAGAACACAAAGGCCAAGGUAGCCAGUGUCUAUGAGUCACCUGGCUUCUUCCUAAGCUUGGAUCCAAUUCCAGGAGCCCUGGAAGCUGUGCAGGAGAUGCUCCACAUGCAGGAUACUGAGGUCUUCAUUUGCACGAGCCCUCUCCGGAAAUACGAGCACUGCAUCGUGGAAAAGUAUAAGUGGGUAGAGAAACACUUGGGACCCGAGUUUGUGGAGCGGAUUAUUCUGACCCGAGACAAGACCGUGGUGGCUGCUGACCUGCUGUUUGAUGACAAGGACACCAUCCAAGGCGCGGAGCCGAACCCGAGCUGGGAGCACAUCCUGUUCACCUGCUGCCACAACAGGCACCUCCAGCUGCCGGCCCCGCGCCGGCGCCUGCACUCCUGGGCCGACAACUGGAAGGCCAUCCUGGAAAGCAAGCGCAGGCAGUAGUCCAGGAAGGGGAUGCUGUGCUCUUCCCACUGCCAGGAAACAACAGCCCACCCCCUGCCAUGCCCAGGAGGCACUGUCACUGCAGGGAUCAGCCAGAGAAGAAAUGAGCUGCUCCUGUCAGACACAGCGCUCUGGGUUUCUGGAAGAUUGCUCUGCACUUUUAAUCUCUGUACUGUUUUUAAUGUUUGCUGUUGGAGAAGAGAAACUAUAAACUACAAGCAGCUGUGGUUGGA